GGUUCUGACCUGAAGGGUUAGUUUUACGGUCCAAAUGAGUGCAAAAAACCAGGUGAAAGGGGCAAUUUGAAGGCUGUUCUCGAUUUUCGGAUAAUCUGAUCGCAAGCGAACUGUUAUUUGCGUGUUGGCACUCAGCCCUGUCAGACCCUCCUGUCCAGAAUCAAUAUGGCUCGGUUUUUUGUACCGUUUCUCGUCAUCUGCGUGCUCAUCGCUGCAGCUUCUGCCCAGCUGUAUGCGCCGAGUGAAGACCAGUAUGUACGUGAGCGUCGGUCACCACUGCUAAGCCUUUUCGGCGGUGGCGUGCACAAGGGAGGCGGCCACUACCAACAGCACGGCCACAGCUAUAAAGAAACCUACGGCAUAGGCCCCUUUUACGCCAGCUUCCAGCAAUCGUCAAUCAAAGGCCACGGGGCCCAUUACGGCGGCGGAUUCCACAAGGGACCUGCCCACCACGGCGGCUACCACGGCGGCUACGGAGGCGGCCACGGAGGCGGCUAUGGAGGCGGCCACCACGGUGGCUAUGGAGGCGGCUAUGGAGGACUCUUCUCAUUCUUCUGAUUCCGCGGCUCAACCUAAAACUCUCCGAUUAAUUUAUUUUUAGUUUAAUUUCAAUUAUUUGCUCAAUAAAAUUAAUUUAUACAUAUGUGUAUUGAAUGGAACCAAUUUUACUCCUGCGCACACGCAUAUGAAAGCAAAAAUCCAGAGCACGCCUGUCUCGUGUGAAGCAAUAACCACUUUUCGGUCGGCCGAUGCAUUUCUCCACGCCAAGGUCCCCUGUGUGUUUUGGUGCCCUGGCACAAUUAUUAAGAUUCUCUCGCAAUAACUAGUAUUGCCGAAUAUUUCAGUGGAGGGACCAGUGCGUAAAGCUGCAUAUUUAUCGAAAAAGGGCAGCAUUAGCCUACAUCAGCCUACAUCAGCCGUUUAUUACUUUUGCGAGCGCCUGCUCAGCAGGACUGUUCCAAGAGCCAUGACGAAGAUUUUGCUUGGAUUUGUUCUGCUUUGUGCGAUCGUGGCAGCUGUAAAUUCGCAGAAGGUUGAACAAGAAGAAGCUCAAGUGGUGCGAGGUCGUCGUGCUUCUGGCUCCUCUGGCUUCUUUUCUCAAUUCAGAAAAAUUGGCAGCCGCAUUCGAUCUUUUACCCGGCUCGGGACGCAGCUUUUCAGACCUCUCUUUUCUCUCGUCCCCAGAGGAGGCUCCGGAGGAUUCCGGAAAAGGAGGCAUGCAGUCAUGACUGAGAAACUGUUCAAAUGAACAACAAAAUGAUCUUGUUGUUACGAUUUUAUUUAUGUGUAUUAAAUGUGUUACGAGUUUUUGAUUAAAAAAUUGUUUUAUUUGAACCUGCGACUGUUACACAAUUUUUUAUAUUAUGCGGAAAAAAAUAAAUUAUGUUGAUUCUAACGAUGCAUGCGACCUACGUAUAACUUUGAACCUUUUUCCUGUACUUUGUCAAGGGCAACGACUUUUUGACUCUUGGAAGGUUCAUUUCUUUACAAUGAUCAAAAUACCAAGUGGAGGGAAACACGGUUUUUAUAUAUAAUCCGCGGAAGAUUCACGCACAUUUUUAGAAUCAUCACUGCAAUGGAUCGUCUGCUUUUUGCCUUCCUGCUAAUAUCCGCCGUGGCAGCGAUAGUCCACUCCCAAGAGACACUGAAUCGAGAUAAUGAACUCGUAAGAGAACGCCGAUUUGUGAACCCGUUUGCCAGGACGCAGCGGAUUACGGGCAACACCCGCACCACCGGCCGCAUCAACACGCAGACCUACGGGAUCGGACCUUUGCGAGCCACUUUUCAGCAGGCCAACAUCAGGUCCAGAGGAUCUUUCACCGCAAGACAACCAGUUCGAUCCAAUAGAGGAGGAUUAUUUGGUGGACGUGGAUGGGGAGGGUUCUUCUAGGUUUUUAUUUUGUAUAUACUAUAUAAAUUAAAAGGUAUCUAGUCACAGCCUAAAAUACUGUAAAUAAAAUCCACAUUAUGAAACUAAAA